AACAGCGCCUCGCGUCACAUUGCGCUUGCUUGAGGCAGCCGCGUCACGAGCUGGCUGCGGGCAGCUUCUUGCUCCUUGUGCUCCCACGAUACCCCACGAUACGCCAUCGACGCGGCACGACGCCACAAAGAUGCUGCCCCCCAAGAUUGAUGCCACCUUGACGGUAGCCCACGCCAGGACAAUCAAGGAGCACCGCGACGCCCAUCACCGCGCGUCCCAGGACCACCGCCUCGCGCAGGAGCGCUGCGAAGCGUUGGAGGAGGAAAACAAAGAACUGAGGGCCGCGGACGUGAGGCGCGAGAGGGCGCUGCAAGACGCGCUGAAACUACUGAGCGUGGCGACGCGCGGCAAGCAGGAGGCGCAGCGCGAGGCGACGCGCCACAAGCGCGAGAUGCGUAGAGCUGCGACGCGCCGGAUGAUCGCGCGGGGGCCGGCGCUGCCCUCGGCCGUCCAGGAACGCCUGAGGGUGAUGCAAAAGCGCGUCGAGGCGCUCGAGACGGCUUUACAUAGAAAAGAUAGGAGGUGCGCCUUCCUGGAGCGGUGCCUCGAACGGUGCAAGGGUGGCGCGAGUGCGAUCCGCGCGGUCGAGGAGUCGGACCGCGCGAAACGCCUGGCGGCCGAGUUGGAUGCCGCGAUGCGCAAGCUCGAUGAUCGGAGCGCCCUUAAUCCACCGCCGCCGCCGCCGACGCCGCCGCGCCGGCGGCGACCGGUGGCGAGGACGCCUACUCACGAGUCGCGCAACACUUUAUAUGUUUCGCCGCGCAAGUCGGCGCGGAAAUCUAUUGAAGCGUCUCGGGUCCUGUCGCCAGCUAGAACGGUGCCCGCGUCGCCGGCCGCGCUCGCGCGCCGCGCCGCGCUCCGGCCGCCGUCGUCUCCGUCUGAAUCGCCGCGGAGCGUCGCGCGCACGCCGCCGCGGGCGCUCGAGGAGCCGUCGCCCGCUGGCAUGUCGCUGUCGCUCGAGGAGAUCGCUGGGUUAUGA